UUGCUCUUGGUCCCCCAGUGAGCAGGAGCUAGGGGUAUAAGCAGAGCAAGGCUGCAGCAGUAGCAAGUCCUUGACAGACUCCUUUCUCUGUGAGUGUAUCCAGAUCCGCAUCUUUGCUGAAGCCGAAGAAAGAGGAGACACUCAGAAAAACUUAGCGGAAACUUGUCAGAGAAUGCUCCAAAAGUCAGUUAUUCUCCUGCUGCUGGUGAUCAGUGCUUCUGCAUCUUAUGAAGCCGAACAGAAUGACUCUGUGAGCCCCAGGAAAACCAGGGUUGCAGCACAGAAUUCAGCUGAAGUGGUUCGCUGUUUAAAUAGUGCCCUCCAGGUGGGUUGCGGUGCAUUUGCCUGCCUGGAGAACUCUACUUGUGACACGGAUGGAAUGUAUGACAUCUGCAAGUCCUUCCUCUACAGCGCUGCUAAAUUUGACACUCAGGGAAAAGCCUUUGUGAAAGAGAGCCUGAAAUGCAUUGCAAACGGAGUUACGUCCAAGGUUUUCCUUGCCAUUCGGAGGUGCUCCACUUUCCAAAGAAUGAUCUCGGAGGUGCAGGAGGAAUGUUACAGCAAACUGGACAUGUGUAGCAUUGCAAAGCGUAAUCCUGAAGCAAUCACUGAAGUUGUCCAGUUUCCAAAUCACUUCUCAAACAGGUAUUACAACAAGCUCGUGAGAAGUUUAUUGGAAUGUGAUGAAGAGACUGUCAGCACCAUCAAAGAUAGCUUGAUGGAGAAGAUAGGACCCAACAUGGCCAGCCUCUUCCAUCUGCUGCAAACAGAUCACUGCUCUCAAACACACCCCAGGGCAGACUUCAACAGACGACGUAUCAUUGAGCCUCAAAAGCUAAAAAUCUAUUUCAGGAACCUCCGAGGUGAGGGAUCUAUUCCAUCCCAUGUGAAACGUACCUCUUCAGAAAGUGCAUAAUUCUUUAGGGGAGAGAGAAUGGGUGUGUAAGGGAUCUAAGCACUACCAAUAUAGAAGCCUCUUUUUCUAGAAAAGUUAAUACACCCAUCCAAAUGUACUGUAGGCUGAUUUUAAUAACAAUUAGAAACUGGUUUUAGAUUUAGUUCAUAUUUUCUAUCCCUCUCAAACCAAUUUGCAUGGAACUAGGCUUCGGUGUUCAAUGUCCCAGCUUUCUGCCUUUGAAAUUUCUCCAUCUCUCUUCUCUUCCCCACAAAAACAAAAGGAAAGUCAUAGACCUAGGCUUUUACAACAGUCAGUUCUUCAGCAGACACCAAAUUAUCAAUGAACUGUAGCUCAAACACCCUUGCUGUUUGAAACAAACUCCAAUAGUUUAACCU